GAGUCCGGUUUAAAGCGCUGCAGAUUUGCAUCCCCCCGCAGCCUCUCAAAGAGGGAGUCUUAAAGUUUCAACGCAAAGGACAGUUACUGCUCAGAGAAGGUCCUGCCGCAGCGCGUCGCCACCUCGGCUCCAUGUCAUCCGCUUUGGGGCUUUACCUUCUGAUAGUCAACUGAUGAGAAAGACGAUGCAGUCCAUCUCCCAGAGCAAGAACCCGACACCGACUGGAGUUUGAUCAGCUUCACCGACUGCACUCUGGUUUUCACACCGCCGUGGCAGGUUGGUUUUAGGCUGCCGAAAGGAUGAACGUGCAAGUCCACUCAGACCACAAGCUGUCGUCUGUGGUCCCCCUCACACAGUACACUACCGUGGAAAAGAAGGACGUGGAGCUGAUUCUGGUGAAGGAACUAAAUGGGGUUCAGUACACCAACACCGCCGUCAUCGCUGCCCCGGAGACGCGCGUCCCGAUCAGCUCGUCCGAGGACGAGGAGAGGGAGACGUGGGGCAAGAAAAUCGAUUUUCUCCUGUCGGUCAUCGGUUUCGCGGUGGACCUGGCUAAUAUCUGCAGAUUCCCUUAUCUGUGCUACAAAAACGGCGGAGGUGCCUUUCUGAUACCCUACACCCUCUUCCUGGUCAUUGCUGGCAUGCCUCUCUUUUACAUGGAACUGGCACUGGGGCAAUAUAAUCGGGAAGGAGCUGCCACUGUCUGGAAAAUCUGCCCUGUUUUUAAAGGUGUGGGCUACACUGUGAUCAUUAUAGCCUUGUAUGUGGGCUUCUACUACAAUGUAAUCAUAGCCUGGUCUCUGUACUAUCUGUUUGCCUCGUUCGCCUCCGAACUGCCCUGGCUGCGCUGUGGAAACCCAUGGAACAGCCCUAACUGCAUCGACCCCAAGCUGCUGAACGGCUGCGUGCUGCUGGGCAACGAGACCAAGUACUCCAAAUAUAAAAUCACUCCCGCUGCAGAGUAUUACGAACGAGGAGUGUUGCACCUCCAUGAAAGUGAAGGGAUCCAUGACCUGGGCCCGCCGCGAUGGCAGCUGGUGCUGUGUCUCCUGGUGGUGGUCUUCAUCCUUUACUUUACCCUCUGCAAAGGAGUGAAAACCUCUGGCAAGGUGGUGUACAUCACAGCCACUAUGCCGUACGUAGUGCUGUUCGUGUUGGUUAUCCGCGGUAUUACCCUGCCGGGGGCUAUGGAUGGGAUAAGAGCCUACCUGCACAUAGACUUAAAACGCCUGAACAACGCCACGGUUUGGAUUGACGCAGCCACACAGAUCUUCUAUUCCCUAGGAGCAGGAUUUGGAGUUUUAAUCGCAUUUGCCAGCUAUAACAAGUUUGACAAUAACUGCUACAGGGAUGCUAUUCUCACAAGCACUAUAAACUGCGUGACCAGCUUCUUCUCAGGAUUUGCUAUCUUCUCCGUCCUCGGCUACAUGGCCUACAUGCAUGGGGUUAAUAUAGAGGACGUAGCAACUGAAGGGCCAGGAUUGGUGUUCAUUAUCUAUCCAGAAGCCAUUUCAACCCUACCAGGUUCAACAUUCUGGUCAAUAGUUUUCUUCCUCAUGCUUUUGACGCUGGGCAUCGACAGUUCCAUGGGAGGCAUGGAGGCAAUCAUCACGGGUCUGACGGACGACUUCAAGAUCCUGAAGAGAAACAGGAAGCUUUUCACCUUUGCUACGGCAUUCGGCACCUUCCUAGUAGCUUUGACUUGCGUUACAAAUGGUGGGAUUUACGUCCUGACUCUGCUGGAUUCGUUUUCAGCAGGAACAUCUAUUCUGUUUGGAGUAUUGAUAGAGGCCAUCGGAGUAUCCUGGUUUUAUGGCGUGGACCGAUUCAGUGAAGACAUCGAGCGCAUGAUGGGCUUCAAGCCAGGUCUUUACUGGAGGCUCUGCUGGAAGUUCGUUAGCCCUGCCUUUCUGCUGUUUGUGGUGGUCGCCAGCAUUGUGAAGAUGGAAACACUGACCUACGAUGACUAUACCUUCCCCCCCUGGGCUAGCCUGAUCGGCUGGGGAAUAACAAUGUCUUCAAUGCUCUUUGUACCUGCUUAUGCCAUCUAUAAAUUCCUGACAGUGCGAGGCACGUUUAAAGAGAGGCUGGCUUACUGCAUCACCCCUGAGAAUGAACAUCAUCUUGUAGCUGAGGGGAAUGUGCGGCAAUUUAAGCUGAAGCACUGGCUAGCCAUAUGAAAGGAAUGCUUUGCUGCACCUGUCUGGAAUCAGCGGUGGAUCUGAAGUUCUGUGCUGUCUUGGCCAAUGAAAAAAAAGCCCUGUGUUGGCAUGCCUCCUCAGAUCUUUGGGAUGAAGCAGGAUUCUUCUUUACAUGUUCAGCACAGAUAUAUGGUGGCUGGACAAGUUUGUUUUUUUCCCUAAAUGACUUGCGUUUUUAUACCAUUUUUUUUUACACAGCAUGACAGCUUUUUAAUGCACCUCCUGUUUUGCUGGCAGAUGGUACGAUGUGCUGGAUUCCAUCUGGCUUUUUCAAGCACUUUUAAUGCAAACAUGACUACUGUCAGCUCUUCAGAUGAACACCAAAUCUACGUGAUGUUCAUUUGCAGGAGACCGAGUGAGGAUAAACAGGCCGUCCGGUUAGGAAGUCAGCUUUUCACUUGUGUUCCAGAGGAAUAGGUAAAAUAUUAAAUGACCUACUGUCAUCCAGUUUUAUCAUUGUCAGGAUCAAGUUUUGUCCAAGCCUUCUGUAUGAGUAAUUGUGGUUCUCCAUGCAAGAGAACUCAUUUCAUGUUAUUAGUAUGACAGUGCAUACACUAGGUCUCGGCUAAGACUGAGAAAUGAAUGUCCCACGCAGACGCUUUGUGCUGUUCAGUUUUGUAUAUGUGCUUUGCAUUGCUCUGGAGGUUUCUGUCACAGUCCAUGACUCGUUCUCAGAUGUUUCUUGGGGAGUUAGGUUUUUGUUUUGUUUAUUUGGUUUUGUAAAUACGAAUAAAUAGCCGCUGUUUUUGUACACAUCUCGCAUCAAGUAACAGGCCACACUGAAGUGAAGUAGCUGCCCCUGUAUAAAUGAAUAGAACCAAAAUUCCAGUCAACUGCACACUACCUAAGAUUGAAAUACAAAACACCCUAUUCAACAAAUUAGGACAGAGAAUAAAGUUAAUACCAGCAUAAUGUAAUGCUAAGAAUGCCCGUGUCAAUUAAUCAUUCAUGAAAAUAUAUCGUCACUGUAUGUGCUGCAUGUUCAUGGAAAUUAUUAUUCUUUUUUAACCAUGGUGUGGCCGUGCUGUGCUGCUCGUUUGAUCACUUCUUCAUAAACCACACCACACAAAUACACAGCAUGCUCAGAUUAAAUUCGAAUGAAAGUAGAAUUAUAUCCUUAUAGUCGCUUUAAAGAGGUAUGAAAUCAAACUAAUGUUGUGCUUCUCAUCGGCCGCUAUAAGAAAAUCCAUACUUAAAAUGUAAUGCCAAUCGGAGUGCGUGGUCAAGGAGGCGCUAACUUAUCUGUGGCCUAGAAAUGUAUUUUAUAUUUUGGGAGUGUCCCGUUCCACAAUGGACUGUUACAACACCAAAGAUAUAUAGUUAUGUUUAGAAAUAUAAGUUUUGUAUGGUUGUAGUUAUUUAUUCUUUAUUGCUUUUUAAUCUAAUUUAAACAAAUUUGCAACACGUCGAAUGGGUGGCCGAUAUCUUUAAGGCAUUACUUCACAAUUAGUUUCAUAAUUCCUUUAUAUCUAUAGAAAUUAUGAAGACAUUUUUAUUUCUAUUGCAUAAAUUCAAUUAAUAAAUUUGGUUAUACUGUGCUGUACCCCCCCCGUCGUCCAGUUCUAAUGUAGACAGCUGCUGAUUAUUCAGUGAUGCCGCGGAUAACGGGGGUUGAUGUGAUAAUGUUGUAUUUAUCAAAUUGUUUAUAGAAUCUGUGGAUGUAAAGUCUCUUUUCAAUGUCAGUGUCUGCUGUUCCAAUCCAUCUCUGUGUGUUCAGUGUACUGUAAAUAAGAACUAUCUACAAGCUGUGUAUUAAACUGUAUGAACUAUCUACAGACUGUUGUGUACAUUCCAAAGUCCAGUUAAAAGUGGGUGAAAAAAAUGUCUCUCAAGCAGACUAUAACAAUAAAGAGUGUCUUCUAUACAUGUUGGAAAGUA